UGACUCUGUAACUCUGCAGAUGUCCGGACCAGGAGAGGUUUCAGUCAUACUGCAGAAAGUUUCCUAUUUAGGUCACAAGGACGCAGGAAAACGCCUUUUGUCAUGAGCUCCUCCUUUUUUUUUUCCUGAACGCAAACUAAACUGAUUCAUGCACCGGCAACAUGUUUGAGCGCUCACAUGACGUGAAGUUUCAUUAAGGCUUCUCCUUUCACUGCCUCUUCCUCUUCUUCUUGAGCUCAGGAUCGUCACCUCUUUAUGUUCUUCUUCAGCUGACGGGCAGCUCGUUUUGUUUUUUUUAAGCGGCGGGCAUGUCUCUGGGCGAGACCACGUCGGACUCGGCGCCUUUCUUCUCCGAUGACAGCGAGGCGGAGGAGCAGGGCGGGCCGGCGGGUCAGGGGCCGCAGGAGGAGCCGCCCAGCGGGGUGUCCGAGGUUCGGGCGCGGCUGACCGUCUUCAUCCUCUGCUACAUCAACCUGCUCAACUACAUGGACAGGUUCACCGUGGCAGGUGUUCUCCCUGACAUAGAGCAUUACUUUGGGAUCGAUGAUGGGAAGUCUGGCCUUCUUCAGACAGUCUUUAUCUGCAGUUACAUGUUCCUGGCUCCGGUCUUCGGAUACCUGGGGGACAGGUAUAACAGGAAGUACAUCAUGAGCGUGGGCAUCACGUUCUGGUCUUUGGUGACGCUUGCCAGCUCCUACACUCCCAAAGAACAUUUCUGGGUCCUGCUGUUGACUCGAGGCCUGGUCGGAGUCGGGGAGGCCAGUUACUCCACCAUCGCUCCCACCAUCAUCGCUGACCUCUACGUGAAGGGAAGGAGGACAAACAUGCUCUCCAUUUUUUAUUUUGCCAUUCCCGUCGGCAGCGGUCUUGGAUACAUCGUGGGCUCACAAGUCGGUAACGUAGCGCAGGACUGGCACUGGGCUCUGCGGGUGACUCCCGGACUGGGGCUGAUCGCCGUGGUGCUGCUGCUGUUCGUGGUCAAGGAGCCUAUAAGAGGAGCUAUUGAAGCUCGAUCAGAGAGCGACCUGCACCAGACCAGCUGGCUGGCGGACCUGCUGGACCUGAGCAACAACCACAGCUUUGUGUUGUCCACCUUCGGAUUCACUGCGGUGGCGUUUGUCACCGGCUCUCUGGCUCUUUGGGCGCCAACGUUCCUCUUCAGAGCAGCCGUCUUCAACGGGGACCGAGCUCCCUGCGUAGAGGGAAACUGUGCCUCUUCAGACAGUCUGAUUUUCGGGGUUAUCACCUGCAUCACAGGUGUGCUGGGCGUGGCCAGCGGCGUGCAAGUGAGUCGACAGCUGAGGAAGAAGACGCCCAGAGCCGACCCGCUGGUCUGCGCCGCCGGUCUGCUCCUCUCAGCGCCUUUCCUCUACAUGGCCAUCAUCUUCGCUCAGGCCAGCACCAUCGCCACAUACAUCUUCAUUUUCCUCGGAGAGACGUUCCUCUCCAUGAACUGGGCCAUCGUGGCUGAUAUACUGCUGUACGUGGUCGUUCCCACUCGUCGCUCCACAGCCGAGGCUCUGCAGAUCGUCAUCUCGCAUCUACUGGGAGAUGCAGGAAGUCCGUACCUGAUAGGAGUGGUUUCGGACGCUCUGAGGAAGACGGACUCCUUCCUGUGGCAGUUUCGCUCUCUGCAGCUCUCUCUGCUGCUCUGCUCCUUCGUGGCCGUGGUGGGCGGCGGUUUCUUCCUCGCCACCGCCCUCUUCAUCGAAAAAGACCGCCAUCGUGCCGAGAACUACGUCCCUACAGAUGACGAGCCGAUUGUUGUACCGAAAAGCGGCCGGUCCACCAGAGUCCCGGUGUCCAGCGUUCUGAUCUGAUGAAGCCUGAGGGAGGUUCUUGUGUUCUGCCUGGUCCAACAAACACCUGUGGCUAUUUUUAUUUAUUUCUUUUAGGACCGUGAACACCGAUUGGACUAUCUGCCAUGCAGACAAGGUUUAUUUUUACAUUUUUGACAUUAAUUUUUUUUUUUAUACGUUGCCCGGGAACGUGCCGUCGUCUCAGGGAAACUUGUUUUCUCCAGAUGUGAUUUUUGACGUGAGCUCAACACGAGGCUCAUUGGAACUGGAAAGAGCGGACAUGACGUUGAAAGCGAACAUUAGGGACUCAACAGAAGCUGCUCUGUGGGUUUAGUUUUACGGUUUAUUCCUCACUCGGGAGCAAAAUGACCUGACCCUUAUCUAUAAACUGAUAAAUAUCUAUCUUACCUUCAGUGGAACUCUAAACCAGCUGAUCUGGGAUCAGUCAAACAUCCAUAAAACAUAAAGACGACAUGAACCACAUCAUGUAACCACGACCGAACACAGGCUGCGGUCCCAAACCUUUUUAUAUACAGCACAAGCUUUAUAAAUCAGAUUUCAGAAACAUGUGUUUAUAUAUGUUGGAGCAAGUUUUAAUCAUAACACUAACCUACUUUACAGUUCAUGAAGAACCUGAAAAUUAUAAUCCAAGCUGUCAGAGAGAGAAGACAGCUCUUACCUCUGUACUUUUUUUAUUCAUCUGUUUGUCUUUACUUUAAAAUGUUUCCAGUGAACGACACCUCUGUUCUCGCAGGUCUGUUUCUGGUUUUCUCUGCGUCUGGGUCGGAGCUCAUUGUGGUUCAGAGUGCUUCACCAAGUUGACCCGCGUUUCAUAGUUUGCCUCCAGCGAGGGCAGGUAGAGCACACGCAGCAGAGAACAUGGUGUGAACAGCGAUUAUUUAAAGAAAGGAACAUGGCUUUUAUAUGAAUGUUUAAUAAUCAAAGUUGUUAACCUCAAAUUAUUUUAGCAAGUCUUGUUUUUUGUGAUCUAUUAAAGGAGAAUUAACUUGUCACA